UUUCAGUAUCCAGACGAGGUUAUGUUUUUGCCGAAGAAGAUACGUACAAAAAUUUUGCAACUUUGGGAUAGGCGAGAUCCCAACGUUGACUGCCGACAGCAGCAACGGAAAACUCGGUAUUUGAUUCUACUCAACCUACACCCAUCUUUAAUGCGAGUUGUUCGUCCGCCAGCACUGCGGUGCUCUCUUCCGCAUUUCAUCGACCGUCUCGAAUCGGAUCUGCAGCAAAUUGUUCCUAGAUCUGUCUUUGAGGAUAGCAGCAUUGGCUCAUACAUCGGUAGGCCACCGCGAGUCAUUGUAAAGGCCAGAUAUGCAUAG